AUGGUUAAAGACCUGAGCUAUUAUGAUUUACUCGGAGUUAGAGUAACAGCCUCGCAGGACGAGAUUAGAAAAGCAUAUAGAACAAAAGCUUUAAAGGAUCAUCCUGACAAGAACCAACAUUCUCCCAAGGCUACAGAAAGAUUCAAAAACCUCACGGCUGCCUAUGAAGUAUUAUAUGAUCCUGUUAAAAGAGGUAUUUAUGAUUCCCACGGGGUGAGUGGUUUGAAUGAAAUUGAAGUCGAUAAAGCGGCCUACAAGAGCAGUGGAAAUACAAAAACCACCACCACCACCACCACCACCACCACGACUAAAACGACUUAUUUUCAUAAUGACAAUCAGGCUAAUAAUAAUAAUGAUGAUAAUAACAAUAAUAAUAAAAACAAUAAUAAUAAUAACAACAAUAAUGACAAUAAUAAUAAUAACAAUGAUAACAAAAAUAAUAAAAACACUGAGAUUUCUGCAUUUUUCGGUUCCUCAUUUCAACAACAGAAUCAGCAAAACCCUCAACAAGACCCGCAACAUUUGUUUAAUCAAAUGAUAAAUGAUAUCAACAGCAUAUUGUCGCCGAGUGGUGGUGAUAAUACACAUUCGAAGUUUUCUAAUAUGCCGCAAAAUAAUUCCUAUAAUGGGACCAAUUUUUUUAAACAAGGUAAUAUGAGUGCUCCUACUAUGGCUGCUAGGAAUGAGCAAAAGCCGAUGAUGCGAGGCCCUAACAUGCGUUACAAUCUUGCUUGCGCCCUUGAAGAUUUAUAUUUUGGGAAGACUACCAAACUCGUUUUGACUCGGAAGAUCCCUUGUACGGAAUGUAUUUCAACAGGGUUGAACACUUCGAUGAUUGAUGUUACUUCUAUUAAUUGCCACACCUGUAACGGUUCAGGCCAAGUGUUUGUAAAUAAUGGCUAUCAACGAAUUCGAGCUGCUUGUGAAGGUUGUCAUGGGAAGGGUUUGGACGUGAAUGAAUACAACCAGGUAUUGAGUAAUGCCAUUAGCAACAGCGGUGGUAAUGUUAGUUGUCUUAAAUGUACAACCUGUAAAGGUUUAAAGUUUGUCGAGCGGAAGAAAAUCCUCAAUAUUACGAUUCCUCCAGGCACUAAGAAUAAAGACUCAAUUGUUUUCCGGAACGAAGCUGAUUCAUAUCUUGAUGGUGAUGAAUCAACCAGCGAUUUUUUUUCGCCGCUGUUUAAUUAUCAAACUUUGGCAAAUUCUAACACUGUUAUUCCCGGUGAUAUUGUUAUUAUUGUCACUCAAUUGGACCAUGAUAAAUUUGUUCGAAAGAAUGAUGACUUAAUCAUGAAUCAAAAAAUUGAUCUUCUUACGUCUCUUGCCGGUGGGUGGUUUAACUUCAAGUUUUUGAAUGGAAAAAUCAUUAAAUGCAAAGUUUUGGCUGAAAGCGGAGAAAUUAUUAAACCAGGGUCCAUUAAAGUUGUGAAGAAUUAUGGUAUGCCAAAGACUAUUAAAUAUCAGCCAGCCGCACAUGGUUCUAUUGAAGAUACUUCAAAUCCUACUAUCACAGAAGCUUCCCUGAUGGAAUAUGGUGAUUUAUUCAUUAAAUUUUAUGUUGAAUUCCCGAAGUCCGGGUCUUUGAAUCCUCACCAACUCAAAUAUUUAGAAUUGGCCUUGCCUGAACGUAAUUCGGAGAGUUAUGAAAAUUUUUCAGAGAUCACAUAUCAGAAUGGAUAUGAGGGGCUUCAAGAGAGGAGUAAUAAUACGGGACAAAACAAGCCAUGCACUUUUAUUGGAGAAACCGGUGAGGAAGAAGUUUAUGAGGAAGUCGUGUUGGUGGAUAUUGAUCAACUACGUUACAAUCAGUACAGAGAUCAAUCAAAUCAGUCUGAUGACAAGAACACGGAUAAUUUGCCUCACAAAAAGCAUAAAAGGGAAUAA